GCUGACGCCUCUGCGCCUGCUCCCUCUUCCUCUUCCGUCCUAACACAUCGCCAGCGUACGAAAGAAGACUUCGACAAGAUUCUCCUCGACACAUAUGUGAAUAGAGAUCUGGUGCAUUCCUCAGCAAUCACGGAUGACCAUGACAGUCGCAUAGCACAUUACACCCACAUAAGGAAUGAGCUAGAUGAUUACAAGAAGGUUCGCUCGGAUUACAAGGUGUGGUUUCCUCCCAGUCGACUCUAUGGUGAAGGCUACAGUGGCUAUGGCAAUGGGAGAACAGACGGUCCUACCAGGCUGUUGUAUCCUCAGCACAAGCCUAGGCUUGGACACCGGAAGACUCAAAGGCUCCGGAUCAAGCGCAAGGAAUUGUUACAACAAGCUGAGCAGGUGGAAGAGUUGGUGCCUAUACGACUGGAUAUUGAUUGGGACAAGGUCAGAUUACGAGAUACCUUCACAUGGAAUCUCCACGAUCGGGUCGUAAAUACAGAUCUGUUUGCAGCGCAAUUCAUAGAGGAUCUUGGCUUGGCAGUCCCACCAGCAAAUCCCGUCCUCGACCAAGUCCAGCAGCAAAUACGGGAACAACUGAACGAUUUCUAUCCUCAAGUCUAUAUCGAGGAAGAUGCCUUGGACCCUGAGCUUCCGUAUUCGGCGUACAAGAACGAAGAGAUGCGUAUACUUAUCAAAUUAAACAUAACAAUUGGGCCUACAACUUUGGAGGACAAGUUUGAAUGGGAACUGAACAAUCCACUGAACUCGCCUGAAGAGUUUGCCCAGAGUCUUUCAAGAGAAUUAUCUUUAUCAGGGGAGUUCACAACAGCAAUCGCGCAUUCUAUACGGGAACAAUGUCAGCUAUUCACAAGAGGCUUGUACGUUGUGGGACACCCAUUCGAUGGGCGACCGCUAGAGGAUGCCGAUUUGAUUGCCUCGUUCCUCCCGUCUCCAUUACCAUCCGUUCUUCGACCUCAGCAGCAAGCCAAGGAAUUCGUGCCGCUGUUAUACGAAAUGAGUGAAGCAGAUUUGGAGAGAAGUGAAGUCAUUUGGUCGAGAGAACAGCGCAGACAGAAACGAUCGGUGAACAGGAGAGGAGGGCCGACAUUGCCGGAUCUGAAGGAUAGGCAGAGAACUGUUCGGACUUUGAUCGUAUCUUCGGUUAUCCCUGGUGCCGCAGAUUCGAUAGAAGACAGUCGGUUAUACAAACGUGUGGGUGGUACAGCUGGAAGGAAGAGACCUGGAGCCCGAGACGAUGAUCUUUCAGAAUCAUCAGAAAGCGAUGACGCUGCUCCCGAAUCACCUGCGAUGGCGAACUUGCUCUCUGGAACCGCGAGAACAAGAGGUAUGAGAGGGGCGGCAACAGCAGCACAACAACGUAUGGCAAACAUCGGUAGGUCCGAAACGCCUGAAGCAGCAAUCCUUCAUCAUCAUGAAACAAGAACGUCUGCAAGGAGAUUCGGUCGUGAUGCUCGUGAGGAGAGUAUGGAAAGCUCUAGCAUGAUUGUUAAAUUGAAGAUUGGAAAGGAGAAGUUCAAGAAGUUGUUACGUGAUUUGAGGUCAAAAGAUAGACCUUCGAAUUUAACAUCUACUCCUUCCUACACUCGGGCAACUUCAGCAUUGGGCACUCCGGCUCCGGGCUCCAUGGGGCCUCCUUCAACACCUGGGGUGCAAAAUCAAACACUGCAACCUUCAUCAACGCCAGCACCUCAAGGACAAAUUGGAAGUGUUGACGCACCGCCUCCUCCUGCUCCAGGCCAGCCUGUUCCCGCACCUCCUCCUCCCCCAGCAUGGCUCACUUCAGGUCUCAAUGCUCUUCUAACACAGUAUCCUAACGACCGUUUCGAGGGUGUGAUGCGAUACUCUGCCGUAAAUACAACGACAGAAGCGCCCACAGCGCAACCACCAGCAGGCCAGCCUAUACCCGAUAACGUCAAGUUCAUGUAUCUACCACGGAUACGCUGUCAAGACUGUCCAGGGAAGUUGUACACUCCCGGUCCCGAGACAACUGUUGGCAACUUCGAGGUGCACCUGAAGAAUCGACAACACAGAGAACGCGUCGAGGCUAGGGUAGCUUCGAGUUCUACUGGAGGAAGC